UAAAUAUUUCCUUUAACUUAAUUUAUUGGUUAAGAUGGAGAUUUAGAGCUUUAUCCAAGAUUUCUGUAUUUGACAAUACAGUUAGGGUAGUGACUUGUGGUUCACUGUCUAUCGGUCAUUUUCCGUGGAAAUGCUCGUUUCUUGGAGAGACGUUGAACAAGCCCGAGAAGCUAUCAAAGGAUGUCGUGUAGUUGUCAGGACACCUUUGCUCCAAAAUGUGGAACAGAUGUUUGGCUUUGGGGACCGAUUUAAACUGCAUUUGAAAAUGGAGAGCAUGCAAAAUACAGGAUCAUUUAAAAUACGUGGUGUUGUGAAUCAGUUUGCCAACAUCCCCUUUGAGGUCACCAAGAAUAAGAAAAGUCUUCUUUCAAUGUCUGCUGGAAAUUAUGGAAAGGCAUUUGCUUUUGCAGCAAAGGAACAAAACUUUCCAGCAAGUUUGUGUAUGCCUGAAACUGCUCCGAUCAAUAGAGUAAAACUGAUUGAGAGUUUUGGUGUUAAAGUGGAAAGAAUGCCAACAAGUGAGUUGCAAAAUGUUGUUGAUCGCCAUGUUGCUGAAGAUGGAAUGCAUUUUCUUCAUCCAUUUGAUGAUCUUCAUCUCAUUUCUGGUUUUGCCAGUGUAGCUCUUGAGAUCCUGGAGGACAUUCCAGAACCUGAUAUAGUGGUUGUUUGUUGCGGAGGUGGAGGUCUACUCUCUGGGGUUGCAGCAGGUAUUAAGCUCAAAGGAAAGAAGAAGACAAAGAUUUUUGGAGUGGAGCCUGAAGGAGCUCCAACAAUGUAUCUGAGUAAACAGCAAGGUCAUGCUGUUAGUGUGAAGUCUGUAAACACUAUUGCCGUUGGACUGGCCCCUCCCUAUGCAGGAAAAAAAACUUUUCAACAUGUGAAGGAGUAUGUUGAGGACAUAAUUCUUGUGACAGAUGAUGAAAUAAAGAGUGCAGUAAAGACUUUUUACCAGGCGGGGCUUGUUGUUGAACCGUCUGGUGCUGCCGCAUUUGCAGCACUACAAGCAAACAAAAUUCCUGAUGCAUCAGAAGGGAGUAACAUUGUUGCUAUAGUGACAGGAGGAAAUAUCACACCAGAAGAACUCUGUGAUUUGAUGAAUUGUAGUUAGUAAACUAGUUUACCUGUAGCAACUGUUUACAUUCAGAAAAUUGAAGAAAAUAGAUGAAUUUGGUCAAGUUGGAUGGGAUGCCAAAACCCCAGAUUUUUUCAGACAAGGGAGGUUGGAAAUUUAGUUUUUAAUGAAUGUUAGUACAUUGGUCUUUUCAAGGCUCUUAGGCAGCAAAGAUGGGCAAAAUAUCUGGCAUUAAUGACAAAUGGUGGUUGUGAUUCUUGCCUUUUUUAUUGGUCAAUACCAGCUGUUUUUUUGCAUGCCUGUUCAUUAUUUUAUUGACCUGGCACAAGCUACAAAUUAUGUAUGUUCAGCUUGCUUGCAGCUGUAAGGGAAAGUUCACCACAAAAAAAAAAAAAAAAAAAAAAAGAAAAACCUAGAUGGGUUUGUGAGCUUCUGCUCCACUCUGUCAUUGGUAAAUAAACCAUUUUGGAACAUUCUUUUACACUCACGACAAACUUUAUUCUUCUCAUUUAGUUCAAAAUACAUCUGAAACAUAUUAACAAUAGGAAAUCUGGCUCAUCCUCAGUGUAAAAACCUGUGAAGCUCACGAGUGACGUAAAACAAAUACAACAAAACAUUAUAAACAAUAGCGUACAGCAAAACAAUACCUCAUGAAACAAAGAAAACCUUGUCAGGUUUUUACACCGAGGAUGACCCGGAAAUCUAGUAAUCAGUUUCAUUUAAACUUGAUCAAUUGGUUGCAAUUCCCUGAAAUGCAAAGUCUGAUUCUAAUAAUAUAUUAAAACAAUAUAUAAGGCUGUAUUGGCCAAUGAUGUGGCCAAACCAUAAACUUGUUGAAGUCUGUGUGAUAGUAUACAGUUGGUUGGCAUUCUAUUAACAUCUAAAUACUUUUUUUUUUUUUGUCAUUUGGAAUUUAAGGAACAAAGCUUGGUGUUUACAACUUGAGGUUCAAAAGAGAACUUACUUAAAGUAAUUAUGAUUUUAGUUUCAGUAAAUUAAUUGGCUAAAAAGACUUUUGAAUGUGUAUGAAAGCAAAUAAAAAAGGUACCUAUUUACAACUUUGAUUAGGUGAUAAAAAUGAAAAGUGAGACCUUAACUUGCAUUUGCUUUCUGGUAUCCUGGUAGUUACAUAAAUAUGAAGGAAAUUUGAUUUCUUGUUGUAUUUCAAAAUGAUAAAAAGAUGUUGGUACUUCCUUUUCUAAAGGAGCUACUUUACGAACUGAAGGGUGUAAAAUGCUUUCCACGGUUGUAAACAUCUGUAAACAUCGGCUGCCAUUAUGAAACCCUUCGAUUUUGUGAGUAGCUUAAAUAAAGAGAUUCCCUUUCACGGAGAACACAGCAGUCCAAGUCUGAUAGAGGGUUCGAGUUUGCUGUGACUUUGCCUAACGAAAGUGGAAGACUAUUCAUUACGCAAUCAGAAAAUAACAAAACAACUUGGGCUAUUCUUUUUUUAAGCCUGCUUUAUGGUUAAUUAUGUCCUAGGUAAGAUAAUUUCACCGCUUAAAAGUAAAUUCUACUGGUUUAAGCACAUUUAGGGAGGGAAAAGAAAAAU